UUCUCCAAGGUAAAUCAGAAAAAACACUGCAGUAACAAAGCAGAGUCAUUACUUGCUGGUUUAUUCUUGUUACUGAAGACUUUGACAAGAUGGUUCGUUAUAAUCUGUGUGUGGUUGCAGUUCUGUUUCUGGCUCUGAAUUUAUUUUGUGAACAAGCAGCAGCUGCUGGUUGCUGUUAUUCCUAUUCCACAAAGCCACUGCACUGCAGUCGGAUAAGAGGCUACACAAUACAGACCAGCAAAGAUGCCUGCAACAUUGACGCAAUUGUGUUCCAUUCAGUCGGCAAGCGUAACAUUUGUGCUAACCCUCUGGAUAAGUGGGUGAUGGACAGAAUUGAGUGUCUAAACCGCAGAGUGGACAGGAUAAAUGGCAGCACAAGAAAAUGAGAGAAAAGCUGUUACUGAAAUUUCAUGAAAUGUGUACACAUUACUCAUUGGAGACAGCUAUAUGUUCUUUCACAGUUUUAUUGUGAUAAAAUGUUUGUUGUAAACAGAAAUGUUUCAAGAUUUAGAAACUUUGAAUAUUCUUUUGUAAGAAAAAAAAACAUUUAGUUUUAAAGCCUACUGUAUCAUAAUGCAUUUUUGUAUAUGUGGUAUUUAUUGGUAAAUGGAUUUCUGUUGUCCAGUACUUAACUCCUAUGGAAUAAUGUUAUUUAAAAACUAGUUUUAUUGUAGAUUUUUAUGAAUAAAAAAUAAAACUAUAAAUCAUAGGCCUGUUCAAUAUUUCCAAGCUGUAUUGGAUGAAUGUCUUGUAAUGUGUGUCAAAUUCACAUAACAUAUAUAAAUAAAGAUAUCUGCAACAUUGACACAAUUCUGUAUGUUUAUGUUACUUAUAAAUAUAUAUUAAUA